CCAUUAUAACCCCCGUGACGUUAAGUUUAUAUAUAAAGCAGCGUUUGUCGAAAGCACUUUAUUCAUCUUCUUUUUGUUCUUUGGUUUUUCUUCUCUUCUUCUCUUUUUUUUUUCUUACAUUUAAGUCAAUCUUGAUAUGGAUAUUCGAAAUUUACUAAACUCUUAUGAUCAACUACCGGCGAAUAAUACCGAUGGUGCUGCAAUAGAAGCUCAUAAUAACUUAUCGUUUGCAUCUAAUGAUAUCCUAUUGUCGCCUGGAGCAGAAACCCACCCUCGACAACAAUAUGACAAUAAACCUUAUGCCUGCAACUGGAGUACUUGCACCAAACGAUUCUCUCGACGUUCUGAUCUAUCAAGGCACAGACGAAUUCACACAGGCGAAAGGCCCUAUCACUGCGAGUGGCAAGGUUGCGGAAAACAAUUUAUCCAAAGAUCAGCCUUAACUGUUCACUAUCGUACACAUACAGGAGAAAGACCGCACGUUUGCGAAUAUGAGGCCUGUGGUAAAUCUUUCAGUGAUUCAUCUUCUCUAGCUAGACAUCGUCGAACUCAUACAGGAAAGCGUCCUUAUGUUUGUGAUGUUCCUGAUUGCAGAAAGUCGUUUACUCGUAAGACUACAUUAUCCCGUCACCAGCGAUGCCAUGACCCUCAAUGGAAAAGUUUCAAGUAAGUAUUAGUGUCUUUCCAAAGUUGUGCUGCCAAAUACUCCCACUUCACCAACGACCAGUUGUGACUCAGACGAUGCACCUACGAGCCCCUU